CAAUUCAUGGAAUAUAAUACCGCGUUGUGGUUAAUGUAGCAUUAGUCGAGUCAGUCGGACAAUAUAAAAUAUUUAAAAGUUGUUUUGAAUAUUUUACCAUGGCUGAAAUAGAGAAAGAGAAGCACAAGAAUAAAAAUAAAUCUGUCGGAGAGAUUCAAAUUAAAAUGAAAUGCCAAAUGGAACCGUCUAGUGAGAUUGCUAAGCUCGAGUGUAAAGAUUGGCCAUUACUGUUUAAGAAUUUUGAUAAAAUGUUAACAAGAACAAAACACUUUACGCCAUUAACGUGUGGUUCCACCCCUUUACAUCGAACAUUAUCAGAAUACGUUCAGUCGGGCUGUAUAAAUCUUGAUAAACCAUCUAAUCCAUCGUCGCACGAAGUUGUUGCGUGGAUCAAAAGAAUUUUGAAAGUUCAAAAGACAGGUCAUUCUGGUACUUUAGAUCCUAAAGUAUCGGGCUGCUUAAUCGUUUGUAUAGACAGAGCAACGCGUUUAGCAAAGUCUCAACAAUCAGCUGGUAAAGAAUACAUAGCAGUCUUUAAACUUCAUUCCGCUGUUGAUAAUAUAAAAAAGAUACAUCAAGCACUUGAGAAAUUGAAAGGCGCCUUGUUUCAAAGGCCUCCUUUAAUAUCGGCAGUUAAGCGUCAGUUAAGAGUAAGAACGGUCUAUGACAGUUGGUUUCUAGAUUACGACGAAGAGCGAAAUAUGGGUGUCUUUAGAGUGAGCUGCGAGGCUGGUUCGUAUAUCAGAACCAUUUGCGUGCAUCUUGGACUAUUCCUUGGAACUGGUUGUCAGAUGCAGGAGCUACGCAGAAAUCGAUCCGGUAUCAUGUCUGAAAAAGAUGGUUUAGUCACUAUGCAUGAUAUUCUCGAUGCCCAAUGGCUUUACGAAAAUCAUGGCGACGAGACUUACUUAAGACGAGUUAUUAGACCACUAGAAUCUCUUCUGGUUAAUCACAAACGAAUUAUUGUAAAAGAUAGCGCCGUAAAUGCUAUAUGUUAUGGAGCUAAAAUAAUGCUGCCUGGUGUAUUGAUGUAUGACGAAGGUAUUGAAUUAAAUCAAGAAAUUGUAAUUGUCACCACUAAGGGAGAAGCUGUUGCACUUGCGAUUGCAUUGAUGACGACACCAACGAUGUCAGCUUGUGAUCAUGGCGUAGUUGCCAAAAUUAAGAGAGUUAUUAUGGAAAGAGAUGCUUAUCCAAGGAAAUGGGGUCUUGGUCCAAAAGCGUCCUUGAAAAAGCGUCUUAUCGUAGAGGGUAAACUUGAUAAGCACGGAAAGCCAAACGAGAAUACCCCGACAGAUUGGUUAUCCAGCUAUACAGAUUAUGCUUCUGUUAAGACCGAAGACAAUGGCGUGAAGGAGUCGAGCAACAAAGAGGACGGAAUUUCUGCUAAGAAACGGAAACACGAAGAAACCAUAGUGGAGCCGCCAGUUGAAGAGUUGUCAAUAAUCGAAGCCGAGGAUACGGAAACCUUAUCUCCAAAAGAGAAGAAAAAAGAAAAGAAAGAGAAGAAAAAGAAAAAGGAUAAGAAGAAAGAUAAGUCUGAUACAGAAGCCGAGGUAACGCUGCCCGUCGAGAACGUAACCGAAGUAUGUGAUUUGAGAAUUAACCAUCAUAACAUACAAUUUAAUAAGUAAGAAAUUAAAUAA